AGGGCGAAGGCGACCGACUGUUACCGAGUUCAGGAACUUUAAACAUGCUGAAAGAGUUGGUGAAGGAGCGACUCAUGGCGGCGGCCGAUGAAAUAUUCGCGCUGUUUGAAAGAACCAUCGCGUCGUACGAGGAGGAACUUUCUAGAAGAAGAGAGAAGGAGCGACAUCGACAACAACUGGAGGCUGCUAGCAAAAGUGACAUUGUGCUACACAUUGAAGACGUCCAGCAGAUGAUUGCUUGUCAAGAAGAACGUCCCCCUCAGUCGCAGAGGCGGAGCCCCACUUUGAAGCAGGAGGCUCCACAGCCCCCCCACAUUAAAGAGGAAGAGGAGGAACUUUGGAUCACUCAGGAGAGAGAGUAUGUACUCGGGCUGGAGGAAGCUGAUCUCACCAAGUUGCCGCUGACUGGUGUCUCUGUGAAGACUGAAGCCCAUGAAGAGAAACCACCCGAGUCCUCACAGCUUCAUCACAGUCCACGUGAGGAGAACAGAGGGGCGGAGCCUCCAAGCUGCAGGUUAAUUCAACACAUGACGACAAAGGCUGCUGGAGACCACUGUGGAGGAUCUCAAGCAGAUAACCUCUUAGCUCCACUAUCAGAUAGUGAGGAUGGAGACACCAAUGAACCUCUGAGCAGCGAUACAGACCGGGAAGGGGAUACGAGGUCUCACAUUGACCGCAAACACUCUAAACCCUCUAAAAAGAAGACAGCUUCGACGUGCCAGUCCGCCAUGGCGCCGACCGCCGCGAGACCCGGCCGCUUUCCCCUCUCCCUGGACAAGAAGAUGGAGGUCAUCGAGAUGCACGACCAGCACAAGAUGAGCGCCCGCUCCAUCGCCAGGAUGCUCGGCGUUCAAGGGCACCGCUGUGGCCGCACGCAGGUCCUCAACAUCAUCAAGCGCCGGGCGGAGUGGAUCCAGCAGUUCAGAAGCAACGUGCCGCUGGAUCGCAAGAGGAGAGGCAGGAAGACCGCCAACGAUGAACUGAACGCCGUCCUCUACGAGUGGUUCAAGGACGCCGCCGCACGCACGCUGCCCCUAAGCGGGAAGCUCCUCCAGGACAAGGCCCGAGAACUGGCCGCUCAACUUGGGCUGGAUGACUUCAAGGCGUCCAACGGGUGGCUGGGAUCCUUCCGCCGUCGACACAGCAUUGUGUUCGGCGUCGGUUAGAGCCCACACUGCAAAAAGUCAGUGUUCAAAACAAGAAAAAAAAAUACAAAAUUUAGGGGUAUUUUACUUGAACUAAGGACAUUUAUCUGCCAAUAGAACAAGAAAAUUUGGCUUGUCAAGACUUUCCAAAACAAGUCAAAUUAGCUAACCUCAAUGAACCCAAAAAAUACCUUAAAAUAAGUAUAUUCUCACUAAUAACAAAUGCACUUUUCUUGGUAGAAAAAAAAUAUAUAGAUAUUUUUUCUCAAUAUGUUGAAAAAUAUUCUUAAAUGAAGUAAAUGCUAUUGCCAUUAUCUUGACAUAAUGAUAUGCGGCCGGCAUUACAUUUCUUGAAACCAGCAAACUUACACUAAAAACUAGUUUGUUUUUCUUAAUGGAAAGGACAAGCGGUAGAAAUUGGAUGGAUGGAAAGGCAACAAGGCAACCUCUUGUUACUCUCGGGGUCUACGAGCCGCUCAGGCAAAUUAUAUGGCCUAAAAAUGCAUUUUCCCAUCCAUAACAUGACAUCAUCGCGCCAAGUGCGUGCUCUUUCAGUCAAUUAGUGU